CGCAUGUGUGACGUCCCCCACCGAGAUUCUUUCCAACUACUCUUCUACUCUUCUCAGUGAAAGGAGUUGGAUAAUUCUGGGCUAGACUGGUCGCAUCGUCCUUGGCUCGACGGAAAGCUGUCUACGGUGAGAAAUUCAAGGGUUUGGCGGGAAAAUAUUCUCGCAAUGAGCUCGGAGAAGCUGCUUAGCGCAGGUGAAGUUGUCGGCCGGGCCCGCCGAGACCGUCCGGGCGCUGCACGACCAGUGGCGGUGGCGGUGGCGGCCGGGGCGGGGGUUCUGGUCGUGGCUGCCCUCGUCUUCCUCGCUCACGAGGUUACGCAUGUCCGAGAGAAGUCCAGCCAAGAAGUGUCUCAGCUGAAAGACCAGAUCUUGACGCUGAAGGAGCGUGCCUUAACAAUGGAGCUGAAGCAAGACGCCAGCGCGGCUAGACACAACGAGGAAGCGUCCUCUCACCAGGAGGAAGUAACGGCCCUGAAAAUCCACCUGUCGUCCCUGCAGACUCAACUGGACAACGAAAAGGCUGACGGAGCGUCCUUGAGAGAGCGGCUGGCUGUGCUGGAAACCAAGUUCCAACUCAAACACGCCGAGGACCAAAAUUUUGGAAACUUUCAAGAGGGCGCUGGGAAGCCGAACCAAGUUGGCAGUGUUCCUGAACACAACGCCACCUUGCGGAGGUAUAGGCGAUCUCCCAACUCGGUCACAACACCCUACGGUGCCUUUCGUGGUCCUGAAGGCCCGGCCGGGCGAGACGGGCGGGAUGGUGUUGCCGGGCCGCCCGGUCCUCCCGGGCCGCCUGGGGGAUGUGGAAGGUGUGAAGAGACGUCUUGCAAACAGACGUGCACUGCAGUACCACUAGGCAUGGAGAGUGGCGCUAUUCCUGAUGACCACAUCACUGCAUCCAGUACGCACCCAGGUUGUGGCACCAACAAAGCUCGCCUUCAUUCCCAGGAGGACAGUGAUAGAAGCCAGAAUGGAUGGGCCGGAGCUUGGUGUGCCAACAGCCCACUGAACACGAAUCAGUGGCUUCAGGUUGAUGUGGGGGCAGUGACAACUGUAGCUGGAGUCAUCACCCAGGGAAGGUCCAGUGUCAUCAAUAAUCUACAACGGGUUACAUCCUACAAACUACGCUUCAGCAGGGACGGAAGCACCUGGUCCACAUACCUGGACAAACUGGGACGUGAAAGGGUCUUCUCUGGCAACUCUGAUCGGGACACCGAAGUGCGCCACCUGUUGGAUCCGCCAGUAACUGCACGUUACGUUCGGUUCUGGCCGCAGACAUGGAAUGUUCACAUCAGCAUGCGUGUGGAGGUCUUGGGACACUGCAUGUACAAGCAUUUAAUUCUCACAAUGAGCUCGGAGAAGCUGCUUAGCGCAGGCGAAGUUGUCGGCCGGGCCCGCCGAGACCGUCCGGGCGCUGCACGGCCAGUGGCGGUGGCGGUGGCGGCCGGGGCGGGGGUGCUGGUCGUGGCUGCCCUCGUCUUUCUCGCUCACGAAGUUAAGCAUGUUCGAGAGAAGUCCAGCCAAGAAGUGUCCCAGCUGAAAGACCAGAUCUUGACGCUGAAGGAGCGUGCCUUAACCAUGGAGCUGAAGCAAGACGCCGCCGCCAGACACAACGAGGAAGCGUCCUCUCACCAGGAGGAAGUAACGGCCAUGAAAAUCCACCUGUCCUCCCUGCAGACUCAACUGGACAACGAAAAGGCUGACGGGGCGUCUUUGAGGGAGCGGCUGGCUGUGCUGGAAACCAAGUUCCAACUCAAACACGCCGAGGAUCAAAAGUUUGGAAACUUUCAAGAGGGCGCUGGGAAGCCGAACCAAGUUGGCAGUGUUCCUGAACACAACGCCACCUUGCGGAGGUACAGGCGAUCUCCCAACUCGGUCACAACACCCUACGGUGCCUUUCGUGGUCCUGAAGGCCCGGCCGGGCGAGACGGGCGGGACGGGCGGGAUGGUGUUGCCGGGCCGCCCGGUCCUCCCGGGCCGCCUGGGGGGUGUGGAAGGUGUGAAGAGACGUCUUGCAAACAGCGGCCAUGCACUGCAGUACCACUAGGCAUGGAGAGUGGCGUUAUUCCUGACGGCCACAUUACUGCAUCCAGUACGCACUCAAAUUGUCCCACCAGAAACGCUCGCCUUCAUUCCCAGCAGAGUGGAUCAGCUAGAGCCUGGUGUGCCGACAACCCACUGAACACGAAUCAGUGGCUACAGGUUGAUGUGGGAGCAGUGACAACUGUCGCUGGAGUCAUCACCCAGGGAAGGUCUAAUUAUUCACAGUGGGUGACCUCCUACAAACUACGCUUCAGCAGGGACGGAAUCACCUGGUCCACAUACCUGGACAAACUGGGACGUGAAAAGGUCUUCCCUGGCAACUCUGAUAAGGACACCGAAGUGCGCCACCUGUUGGAUCCGCCAGUAACUGCACGUUACGUUCGGUUCUGGCCGCAGACGUGGUAUCGUCACAUCAGCAUGCGUGUGGAGGUCUUGGGACAGGACUGCACCAGUGACUAGCUAGACACAGCAUGGAGACUUGCAGCUUUAUUUCCAAUAUCUGCUUUACAGUUUGACGUUCGUUUUUUUACUCAAGCCUCACUAAUUUUUGGUUCUCAAAUGUUUUUCCAAAAAGAUAUGAAGCAACAGGGUAAAAACCAGCCCCCGAAGCAAUGAACUUUUAAUCAAACCACUGCCUUGGAAGAUGGAAAAACUUUACCUUUACCAUUCAGUCCGGUCUUACGUUGCUUGUACAUGUGCGUACAUGUACAAAACUGGUGUGUUACGCCUAAAGGCGGUUUACCGGUUAUGCGAAGCAAACAAAACAAACUUUCUUCAUUCGUUGGGCCAAAAUUUUGGAGUUGAUUCAGAAGUCUUUUUUUUUAUUGAUUUCUUAUUGAAAAAGAACAAGUAUAGUAUACGUAUGCGAACCAUUUGAACAUUAGAGUGAACACAAUUUUAAUGUAACAAAACUUGAGCAUGAUAAGUAUGAAUGGACAGAAGUUCAAAUAUAAUGAAGCUUAAAAAGUAAGCAUGAUAAAUAAGAAUAAAAACAGAAAUUCGAAUAUAACCAAGAUUAAGCAUGACAAGUAAGAGUAACCAAAAAGUCGAAUGUUACCUAGCCUAUCCUGAGUUUGUUUUGCAAGUCAGAAAAAAAUUAAGUGGAUAAAUCCGAGAGGCAAUUGAUCAAAUUAAUGCGGACUUAUUGUGAUAGUUUACGCCUUAUGGUAGCCUGGUGUCUAAGCCUAUUUUAGCUGCUGCGUCUCUUUGAAGUCUCUGGCUAAGUUUAAGGUAUCUGCACAGCUAUUCCUAUUACAGAUAUAUCUUUUUUUUAACUGUUGUAUUGUUUUCUCACUUUCGAUACUUUAUUUAGAUCUCCAAUCAGGGUUUUCAAAUUCCUUAAUUUUUAUUUUGUAUGUAAGCGAAUCCUAAGCUUACUAAGUGGUUUGUACCGAAACAUAUUUGGAUUUCUCCAUUUUUCAUGGUAAGUUUUUACAUCACAAAAUGUUGACUCGUGUGUGUAUGGGACUGAGUGAAGUGUGUGUACACAAUAUGAUAUAAUGGCUACUUCAUUUGUGCAGAACUUAGCAGGCAUUUAUGGUCAAAAAUAAAGCAUACUACUCCA